UGGUGGGAAUGGAUUUGGGCUUGGCCCAGCAAGAAGCCGCUACUGGGGCAUCCAUUUCGUUCCUUUCCAACGUGAAUUCGAAACCUUCGCUUCAAACAUUUUCUUCUCCAUCCUUGCGAUCGCCCGAUUCCUCCAACGGUGAAACCCUAGGCGAGCUCCCUCUUUUCCCUGUUGUCGCCCGAUUCCUCCAAUUGAGCUCCUAGGACCUACACCAGGAGUGCGAGAUAAGUUCUUGUUGGAGCAAAGGUUCCUGAUCGGAAGAGGUGAGGCAAAAAGGAAGAAAUAGCUGUUGUGUCGAUAUAAAGGAUGGAGAAGCAACCAGAAGUAAUCAGGGACAAGGCCUGCAUGCGUGCUUGGUCGAGACGACUUCGAUUUGAGGAAGGCAAGGAGAAGAGGAGUCUGGCCUUGGUGCCGACUAUGGGCUUCCUCCACGAGGGCCAUCUCUCCCUUAUUCGAGAAGCCAGGGCCUAUGCUGACCUCACUGUCGUGUCGAUCUACGUCAAUCCUGGCCAGUUCUCGCCAUCGGAGGACCUCGCCUCCUAUCCUUCCGACCUUCGAGGGGACCUCCGCAAGCUCUCUGAGGUUGGUGGCGUUGAUGCCGUCUUCUGCCCCGGGAAUCUCUACGACUACGGAAGCAGCGAUGGCGUUGUCAAUGAAGGUGUCUUUGCUGCCCCUACUGUCCCUGCUGAGGAGGCAAAAGCAAGUUCGUGCCUUGAGGAUGGAGGGUCGGGACACGAGAGUUGGAUAAGGGUUGAAUCGCUGGAGAGAGGUUUGUGUGGGAAGAGUAGGCCUGUUUUCUUCAGAGGGGUUGCCACUGUUGUGGCCAAGCUUUUCAACAUUGUCGAACCCGAUGUCGCGAUAUUCGGAAAGAAGGAUUACCAACAGUGGCGCCUUAUAUGCCGAAUGGUUCGUGACCUUGAUUUUGCAGUAAAAAUAAUAGGCUCUGAAAUAGUGCGUGAAGUUGAUGGACUUGCGAUGAGCUCACGCAAUGUGCGCCUCUUGCAUGGAGAGAGAGACAAGGCUUUGUCUAUCUAUAAAGCGCUGUCCGAAGCUAAAUCUGCUGGUUUAAAUGGGCAGAGCACAUGCCAGGAAAUAAAAGAUUUAGUUGUCCAAACAGUGUCUAAAGCAGGUGGCAAGAUUGACUACGCAGAGAUUGUGGAGCAGGAAAGUUUGACUCCAGUAGACCAGAUCAACUGCCCUGUUGUGAUUUGUAUUGCUGCUUGGUUUGGAAAUGUUAGGUUGAUCGAUAAUAUAGAAAUCAAUGCAUGAGGGAGGAAAAAGCAUCCAGAUGGCCUACAUUAUACCGAUGAGAUGCUUAUAUUGUGUUAUCUCAAUAUAGCUAUUUCCCUGACGUAUUUACUGAAUGACAUUCAAGAGUUAUACACAAACUACAAAAUUUAGGGCAAAUUGGAACUCCUGCCGUAUAGCAGAGGACUUUUUUCUCACCUUUUUUUUUUCUUCCUGAAAAUAUCACGUGUCUAUUUAGCGAGUGAGCAGUGGACCUAUUUUUGGUAGCUAUAUUAUUCCAUCUCUAAAGGGUCCUCUUAUUUCCCUUAAUUUUGCUUUCUUACAGUGUUUCACAUUAUUAAAAAUAUUUGUACCAAGUACAAUAAUGUAAACAUAUAGUUCAUGCUUCUCAUGGCAUUGAAUGUACUAAUAUUAAUAACAUUUUUGUUUUAA